GUAGCUUCUUUUUACUAGUAGUAAGGCCAGGAGCCCCUAGUAGCCUUCUUGUUCCUAGUAGCAAGUUGACUUUUCGACAGCAAUUCUGUGAUCCUACCAUGUCGGGGCGGGGCUUCGCACAGCAUGCCGUUCCCACUUGCUUACUUGCAGGUGGAGUGGGCCUUGGUCUCCUGGUGUGGCGGUGGCGUUCCCAGGUGUCGGAUGCGCCGCCGCGCCCUUCGCGACGACUCCCGACCUGUCGCGCUCCAUGGCUGACGGCGGGCGACGAAGAGCGGCCGCGGGUGGUGUUGGUUUGCACGGGCUCUGUGGCCUCUGUGAAGGUCCCGGAGCUCGUUGUGGCGCUGCGGCAAAAGCUCGAUGCCCAGGUGGCCGUGCUCCUCACCGAGGCUGCAGAGGCGAUGACCAGUGCAAAGAUUGCUGGUAGAUAUGCACCAGAGAGCUUUACGAAAUGGGAAGAGCUGCAACAAUCGGUAGAUGUGCAUGUGCUGCGUGAUCUCGACGAGUGGGAAGGAUAUGAAGAUGUAUCUUCAGACCUGGUCGUCCAUAUUGAGCUCCGAAAGUGGGCGGAUCUGGCGGUGGUUGCACCAUGCUCUGCAAACACCUUGGCGAAAAUGGCUCUGGGGCUUUGCGAUAACUUGGCCACCAGCUUCUUACGAGCUUGGGAUCCUGAGAAGCCUUUGGUACUGGCACCAGCCAUGAAUACCAUCAUGUGGGAACAUCCUAGCACUGCCAAGCACUUGAAGACCCUGGAAGAUUGGUUCGGUUGCUGGGUGGUUCCUCCCGUCAGCAAACGCCUUGCCUGCGGCGACGUUGGGCGUGGUGCCCUUGCAUCGGUCUCUGACAUCAUGGAGCGCAUUGCCAAGUGCUGUGAGGGAAUGGAAGGGAGGCGCAAUUCAUCGGCCGUUGGCGCUUGGCAACGCCGUGGCUUUCAGGAGUGGCAGAAAUCACCAUGGCUGAAAGAGUGGCAGCCCAGAGACGCCUAAGAGAAAGAAUAGCGUUGGCCAAUGUCUUGACCUGAAAAAGGCAUCAAUGGCGCCGUUGGUGUGGUUCCAGGAGGCAAUGUGCAGCCAGUUGAGAAGUGAAAACACUGAGAAAAACUUGAACAUCAUGC